UAAAGUAUGCAGCAAAGAGAGAGGGGGGACAGCAGUGUCGAGUCUACUAUGAAAGGGCGUGGUCUCUUAUUGUGGUUCCGUAUAUUCUAUGUAUACUUCGAAUAUACGGAUAAAAUGGCGAAAUUUAGUGGUGCACUGAAGUUGACUGAUCUGGAUGACUUCAUAACUCCUUCCCAGGAGUGCAUCAAACCAGUGAAAGUGGAUAGAGUAGCAAAUGCAACAAAGGGCUCCUCUGCAAUCAAGAUUGAAAAUGAUGGAAGCUACAUUGAGAUUGAUAAAACUGGAGCUCAGAAGAAACUGGAGAAAGCAGUUAUAACACUAAACGAUUGCUUAGCAUGCAGUGGUUGUAUCACAUCAGCUGAGAGUGUACUCAUUGCUGAACAGAGUCAAGAAGAACUUUAUAAAAUACUUGAGGAAAAUAAAAAAGUAAAGGAGAAAGAGGGUGGGAAGGAGAAACUUGUCGUUGUGUCUGUCUCUCCUCAGUCUGUUGCCUCUUUAGCAGUUAAUUUUAAAAAGACAAUGGAAGAGAUGUCUUCAAAGCUGGUCUCCUUUCUCAAACAAUUAGGCGUUGAUUUUGUCUUUGACAUCACUUUUUCUCGUGAUAUUUCAUUAAUAGAAAGUGCUCAAGAGUUUGUGAGACGUUUUCAAGGAUCUUCAAACCCUGGCUCUAUACCAAUGCUAGCUUCAGCCUGCCCUGGUUGGGUUUGUUAUGCUGAAAAGACUCAUGGUGACUUCAUCCUUCCUUACAUUAGCACAACCAAAUCCCCUCAGCAAAUAAUGGGAUCUCUCGUUAAAGACCAUCUAGCCAAGGCCCAUCGUAAAAUGCCUGAUCAAGUGUAUCAUGUGACUAUCAUGCCUUGCUAUGAUAAGAAACUCGAGGCUUCACGUGAAGACUUUUAUCAUGACCUCUAUAGCACUCGUGACGUUGACUGUGUUAUAACUACAGGUGAAGUCGAAAUCAUGCUUAACGAACAUGAAGUUGACAUUGAUUCGUUACCACUCACACCAAUGGAUGAACCGUUCUGUAGUUAUGAUAAAGACCAGUUAGUUAGCCAUGAAGGCAGUGGCUCAGGUGGAUAUUUGAACUAUAUAUUUAAGUAUGCCUGUAAAGAGCUUUUUGGAGAGACUGUUGAUUCAAUUGAAUACAAAGUGUUGAGAAAUAAAGACUUUUAUGAGUGCUCACUUCAAGUUGAUGGUAAAGAGGUGUUGAAGUUUGCAGCUGCUUAUGGUUUCAGGAAUAUUCAAAAUGUAGUGCAGAAGCUAAAGCGUAAGAGAUGUGGGUAUCAUUACAUUGAAGUGAUGGCGUGUCCCUCUGGAUGCCUCAAUGGAGGAGGACAGAUAAAGAAUGAAGAAGACAAGGGCAGUGCCUCACAGUUGCUGAGUAAAGAAAAUCUUCAAAAUGUGGAUGCUGCUUACAAAUCAUUGAGGCCUAGGAAACCAACAGAAAAUCCUAAAUUGGACCUCAUUUACAAGGAAUGGCUAGAAGACAGCAACAGUGACAAAGUACAGUCUAUGCUACACACUAAAUACCAUGCUAUUGAGAAAUUCACUAGUGCAUUAACUAUCAAAUGGUGAAAUAUUUUGUAUCAUUUUUAAUCAUUUCAUUGUAAAGCUGAUCAACAAA